AUGGCAGCCGCCAAUAUGAAAAAGCUUUCCUGCCUGGCCAUAACAAAAUACAACUGCCUCGUAAAGCCCUGCUGGUCCAGAUGUCCAGCCCUGACUCACGGCAACGCCAGCGCUGGAACCUUUUCCUACAACUCGUCAAAGUUAAUUUGCAAAAGGCACUUCACUUAUGACAGCAAUGACGUAACGCUUGAUUGGGAAAAUGCAGAUGACAUUGCGGAUUUACUUUUGGAGGAAUAUAAACAUGUAGACCCUUUGACGUUGCGAUUUGAGGAGUUAGAAAACAUGGUGAUAGACACCGUUGUGAAGAAAAACAAAAAGAAGUUAAACGGCAGGUGUAAUGAAGGCGUUCUGGAGAAUAUUCAAAUGAACUGGCUGGAGAAAUAUAAUGAGGAGAAUGGUUAG